AUUAAUAGCCAUGGCGGCGGCGGCGGCGGCGCUAAGGCUCGGCGGUCGCAUGCUGCUCCGACGAACUCAAGAGCAAGGGCGGCGCGUCUUCUCGGAUCCGCAACGGCGGCUCUUCGCGGACACGAGCGCCACCGCCCCUGAGGGGAAGCAACCUCUCGCGAUCCGCUUGGCGGAGAUGAAGGAGAAGAAAGAGGAGCUUUACAACAUGGGCUUUUCUUUGGCAACCGAGUACAAUCUCCCUUGCGGUGUCGGCAGAGAGAACAAACAGCUGCUGGAGCUGCUCUCGGUGCAAGUCCAGCCAAGGCCCAAUGAUGUCUACUGGAUGCGGCGGCGGAGGAUGGAGAGGAUGAAGCGAUUCGUGAAAAUUUGGGGGGUAUUUACUCUGGUGUGUACGACUGUGGACGGCCUGCAGAUGUUGAGCAAGGAGAUACGUACGCCUCAAACCAAGGAACGGGCUGGAUGACUUCAACGAUUGGUGUUACAUGAAACAUGACUGGUGGAACGGCCGCUAGCUACCUCAACUCCUUGUGCAUGCAUCCUUGUAGCUCAAGAUCCAUGAUGAAUGCUCCCCUUCAGUUUUAGCAGAGGGCUCAAGGUGAAUGAUCAAUAUCCACCCACUAGGUCUAGUUAUAAUUAAGUUUCUCAUGUUCCGAUCACUCUGCAAGACCUAAUCCUUUGUGAUUGUUUACUAUAGUUUGUCGAUAAAUCGU